GAACGGUUCAUGCUCCUGGGCACAAAAUCCAGCAUUAAGCCAGCGUACCGGGCAGCCGAAAACAUUUCUACCUCGCCAUUCCACUUGUUAGAUUCAAAACCCUCGUCGGCUCGGGCCGAAGUCGCGGAUCGUCUCUUUCUCUCUAAUUCUCUCGCUGGAAACCAUGUUCUCCGCCAGCAAGCUCAAAUCGGUCGAUUUCUACAGGAAAAUACCUAGAGACUUGACGGAGGCAUCACUUUCAGGUGCUGGAUUAUCUAUCAUUGCAGCACUUUCUAUGAUGUUUUUAUUUGGAAUGGAGCUGAAUGAUUACCUUACAGUGAGCACAUCUACAUCAAUAAUUGUUGAUAAAAGUACAGAUGAGGAGUUCUUACGCAUUGACUUUAAUAUAAGUUUUCCUGCACUCUCAUGCGAAUUUGCAUCAGUUGAUGUCAGUGAUGUAUUGGGAACAAACAGGUUGAAUAUUACAAAAACUGUUCGCAAAUUUUCAAUAGAUCCCAAUUUAAUACCAACAGGAUCCGAAUUCCACCCGGGACCUAUCCCGAAAGUAAAUAGACAUGGAGAUGAUACUGAAGAAGAAUAUGGUGACGGUUCAAUUUCUUUAACUGCCGACAAUUUUGAGAAACUUGCACAUCAGUAUCCCGUUUUGGUUGUCAAUUUUUAUGCACCUUGGUGUUAUUGGAGCAAUCGCCUGAAACCAUCAUGGGAGAGGACUGCUAAAACAAUGAGAGAAAGAUAUGAUCUUGAAAUGGAUGGGCGAAUUCUCUUGGGAAAGGUUGAUUGUACUGAAGAAGGUGGACUGUGCAGGAGGCAUCAUGUCCAGGGCUACCCAUCUAUUCGCAUUUUCCGCAGAGGGAGUGAUAUUAAGGAAAAUCAUGGACACCAUGACCAUGAAUCUUAUUAUGGAGAACGAGACACGGAAAGUUUAGUUGCGGCAAUGGAAUCUCUGGUUGCACCUGUUCCAAGAGAGUCCCAUAAACUGGCAUUGGAGGAUAAAUCCAAUCAAACCACUGAUACAGCAAAACGGCCUGCACCAUUGACUAGUGGAUGUAGAAUAGAAGGUUUUGUGCGUGUCAAAAAGGUUCCGGGCAACCUUGUCAUCUCAGCUCACUCAGGAGCACACUCCUUUGAUCCAUCCCAAAUAAACGUGUCGCAUGUCAUUUCGCAAUUUUCAUUUGGUAAGAAGCUCUCCCCAAGGAUGGUGUCUGAACUGAAGAGGCUAACACCAUAUCUUGGUGGAAGCCAUGAUCGGUUAACAGGUCGAUCAUACAUAACUAAUCAUGCCGAUGUUACUGCAAAUGUUACUAUUGAGCAUUACCUUCAAAUAGUAAAGACUGAGAUAGUAUCAAGAAAAUCUUCUCAGGAAUUUAAAUUGCUAGAGGAGUACGAGUAUACGGCCCACAGUAGUUUGGUGCACAGUUUGCAUAUUCCUGUUGCCAAAUUCCAUUUUGAGCCCUCUCCUAUGCAGGUCUUGGUAACUGAAGUUCCAAAGUCCUUCUCACACUUCAUUACAAAUGUUUGUGCUAUCAUUGGAGGCGUUUUUACGGUUGCUGGAAUACUGGAUGCUAUCCUGCACAAUACAAUCCGGCUUAUGAGAAAGGUUGAAUUAGGAAAACAUUUGUGAUGGGGAAAGGUUCAAUUUUGAUUGCGGAGGGGGCCAAAAUGUUGCCCAUUCCCCUUGCUAGCAAUUCUAUUUUAUUGUUUUUACUCAGCAGAUGAAUCUUUUUGUCACAAAAACAGAAGCAUUGGCCACUGUAAUCGAAACCUAGCAAAUGCAUAAAUAGAAAAUAUUCUUUCCCAGAA